ACGCCAAAAGUCUUCUAGCCUCUGAGAAUGUGAGCACUGGCCAAAAGUUGGACUUUCCAGAUACAAUGGUACAGCAGAAGCUGGAUGAAGCAAAGGACCAAAUCAAGCGGGAAAUAAGGAAGGAACUUAAAAUCAAGGAGGGAGCAGAGAACCUCAGGAAGGUCACAACGGAUAAAAAGAACUUGGCAUAUGUGGACAACAUUUUGAAAAAAUCAAAUAAGAAGUUAGAAGACUUGCAUCAUAAGUUACAGGAGUUAAAUGCACACAUUGUUGUAACGGAUCCAGAAGAUGUUGCAGAUUGUCCUAGGACUCCUGAUACUCCAAAUAGCGAUCCUCGUUUUUCUACUAACAACAGAUUGAUGGCCUUAAAGAAGCAAUUGGAUAUAGAACUGAAGGUAAAACAGGGAGCAGAAAAUAUGAUACAGAUGUACUCCAAUGGCUCUUCAAAGGAUCGAAAACUUCUUGCCACAGCUCAGCAGAUGCUCCAGGACAGCAAGACAAAAAUAGAAGUUAUAAGGAUGCAGAUUCUUCAGGCAGUCCAGACCAAUGAAUUGGCUUUUGAUAACGCAAAACCUGUGAUAAGCCCUCUUGAACUCCGAAUGGAAGAAUUACGACAUCAUUUUAGGAUAGAGUACGCUGUAGCAGAAGGUGCAAAAAAUGUGAUGAAAUUACUUGGAUCUGGGAAAGUUACCGACAGAAAGGCACUUUCAGAAGCACAAGCAAGAUUUAAUGAAUCAAGCCAGAAGCUGGACCUCCUGAAGUAUUCACUGGAACAGAGAUUGAAUGAACUUCCUAAAAACCAUCCCAAAAGCAGUAUUAUUAUAGAGGAGCUUUCAUUGGUCUCUUCACCCACAUUAAGUCCUCGUCAAAGUGUAAUAUCCACUCAAAACCAGUAUAGUACACUGUCCAAACCAGCAGCUUUAACAGGUACCCUGGAAGUUAGGCUGAUGGGCUGCCAAGAUAUUUUGGAAAAUGUCCCUGGUCGAUCAAAAGCCACAUCGAUUACGCUACCUGGUUGGAGUCCAAAUGAAGCCAGAACAUCUUUCAUGAGCAGAACCAGUAAAAGUAAAAGUGGGAGUAGUAGGAACCUUCUGAAAACUGAUGACUUGUCCAAUGAAGUCUGUGCUGUACUGAAGCUGGAUAACACUGUGGUUGGUCAAACUAGCUGGAAACCUAUUUCCAAUCAGUCAUGGGAUCAGAAAUUUACACUGGAACUAGACAGGUCACGUGAAUUAGAAAUCUCUGUUUAUUGGCGUGACUGGAGAUCUUUGUGUGCAGUAAAGUUUCUGAGGUUGGAGGACUUCCUGGAUAACCAACGGCAUGGCAUGUGUCUCUAUCUUGAACCCCAGGGCACUCUGUUUGCAGAGGUUACGUUUUUUAAUCCAGUUAUUGAAAGAAGACCAAAACUCCAGAGGCAGAAGAAAAUUUUUUCAAAACAGCAAGGCAAAACAUUUCUCAGAGCUCCUCAAAUGAAUAUUAAUAUUGCCACUUGGGGAAGGCUGGUGAGAAGAGCUAUUCCUACAGUAAAUCACUCUGGCACCUUCAGCCCUCAAGCAUCAGUGCCUGCUACUGGGCCAGUGGUUGAUGCACACAUUUCUGAACUAACACUGCCAGCCAGUGACUCUCCUGUAGCCAAAUUGGACUUUGAACUUGAGCCUGAGCCUCCGCCUGCUCCACCCCGUGCAUCUUCCCUUGGGGAAAUAUGUGAAUCUUCCUCUGAGAUAAAGGCUCCUGAUGUGCCGUCUCAGGAUGAAGUAACAACUUUCGAUUUUGAAAAUGGCAGAAAUAGCAUUGUCCCAAAACUCCAGCCUGAAAUAAUCUGUGAGCCUGACGCUGCCCAUUCAGACAUAAAAUACACCAACACCCGAGAGCCUGAAGAUAGAAGAUCACAACAAAGAUUUCAAUUCAAUCUGAAGGAUUUCAGAUGUUGUGCUGUACUGGGCAGAGGACAUUUUGGAAAGGUGCUGUUGGCAGAGUACAAAAACACAAACGAGAUGUUUGCUAUUAAAGCCUUAAAGAAAGGAGAUAUUGUCGCUCGUGAUGAAGUAGACAGCUUGAUGUGUGAAAAGCGAAUAUUUGAAACUGUGAAUAGUGUAAGACAUCCCUUCUUGGUGAACCUUUUUGCUUGUUUCCAAACCAAAGAUCACGUUUGCUUUGUAAUGGAAUAUGCUGCUGGUGGGGACCUGAUGAUGCACAUCCAUACUGAUGUCUUCUCUGAACCAAGAGCAGUAUUCUAUGCUGCAUGCGUGGUUCUUGGACUUCAGUAUUUACAUGAACACAAAAUAGUAUAUAGAGAUUUGAAGUUGGAUAACUUAUUGCUGGACACAGAAGGCUUCGUGAAAAUUGCUGACUUUGGUCUUUGCAAAGAAGGAAUGGGAUUUGGAGACAGAACAAGCACAUUCUGUGGCACACCGGAAUUUCUUGCUCCAGAGGUGCUGACAGAAACUUCCUAUACAAGAGCUGUAGACUGGUGGGGUCUUGGUGUACUUAUCUAUGAGAUGCUAGUGGGUGAGUCUCCCUUCCCCGGAGAUGAUGAAGAAGAGGUGUUUGACAGCAUUGUAAAUGAUGAAGUAAGAUAUCCACGAUUUCUGUCUACAGAAGCCAUCUCUAUAAUGAGACGGCUGCUACGAAGGAACCCGGAGCGGCGUCUUGGAGCUGGAGAGAAAGAUGCUGAGGAUGUGAAAAAGCAUCACUUCUUCAGGCUAAUAGAUUGGAAUACUUUACUGGCCAAGAAAGUGAAGCCUCCUUUUGUACCCACCAUUAGAGGACGAGAAGACGUUAGUAAUUUUGAUGACGAAUUUACCUCUGAAGCACCUAUCCUCACUCCACCUCGGGAACCAAGGAUACUGUCAGAAGAAGAGCAGGAAAUGUUCAGAGAUUUUGAUUACAUUGCUGAUUGGUGUUAACUUCCAGACACUGUGAAACCCCAGCUGACUGGCUCACAAGAAUGCCUCUCUCGGAAGAAGACCGACCCUUCAAUUGCUCUCUGUGCCACCUGUAGCUUCUGGGUUUUUUUUACAUCACAUGAAGAUCCUUUUAAGUACUGUUUUAACACUCUUGUGAAGAGUGGCCUCUUUGUAUAUUGUUUUUUAUCUGAGCACUGGAAAGCAGUUCUUGAGCUGAGUUGGUGAACCCAGGCUGUACUAAGCUUCCCACACAUGAGCACACGUGGAUCCGUACUGUUUCUCUCACUCCUCUACAGCAGAUAACAUCACUUUUUUAAACUAUCUGCCUUAAGUGGGAAAAGCAGACUUUGAGCUAGGUAAUCACUUCUCUCUACUCAGCCACGUUGAAAUAGAAGUUUGGGAUACUGAUGACACUCACGCAGAACAUG